AACAGCUUUCCUUUAUUUCUAUUUAUUUUAUUUUCUAGAAAAUUGCAUUCAGAUAAGGACUUGUGCUUGUACUGGUAGUAAAUACUCAGCUCUCUUUCGCAAAUACUCGGCUCCUCUUCUCUGCAUUUUCAGAGAAGUGUCUUUAAUUUCCCAGAACCUGUUCUUCCUUUAAAGACCCUUGUUGCUCAUUCUCUCUCUCUCCCCUUCUCUGACCGCAAACACAAACAAUUUUUCCUUUCCUUUCUUGGUUUUAGAGAGGCCCAGCAAAAGCGUUCGACGUUUAGCACCAAAAACGACUCUAGACAGUGCCAACCUGUUCGACCUUUAACUCUCUGCUGCUCGACCAACGUCACUCGUGUCUGUCAUUUCCUUUUCCCUCUCUCUCUCCUCUCCUCUCUGUGUUGUGCCGUGGUUUCCACCCAUUAUUGGGAUGUUUUUUUUCAAAUUCUUUGGUGGUGGUGUUACACGAGGCCUGGGUUUGAGUUCAUUAAUGGCAUUGACAUAGGCCCUUUUUUUUUUAUUUCUUUUUCAUUUUUUUUGUUUUGGUUUUUUUCUUUGGUGGUUUUUCAAGGAUUGAGCUUAGUUUGUAAUGGGUACGACGGGGUUGGCUUAGAAGAUGCUUGGUGUUAAAGAAUUUAUAAUGGGUUGGUGACAGUGGACCUGUUUUUUUCAGUCUUUUCCCUUCGUUAUCUUCAACACCAAGCCUUUUUGUUGUUUCUCUCAUUCGUUUGAGUUUUGUACUAAAUCAAACAUUAGGACGCAGAGAGAGCGGUCGCAAUUUUAUCCUCUGAUUUGGGAAAAAACCCGGAGUGAUUCUAGUCUAAGUUUUCCCUUGAAAGACUUGCUAAGGUUUUAGAAGUAAAUGCAUGGAUCGAAGGGAUCCUAUGGCGUUAUCUGGUUCCGCCUCUUACUAUACACAGAGAGGAAUAGUUGUCUCUGGCUCAGGAGCACAGCCUGAGUUACAUGGAUCGGCUGGCAUUCAUCCCUUGUCCAAUCCCAAUGUUUCGUUCCAGUCAAAUAUGGGAGGCAGUACUAUGGGAUCGACAUUACCGGUAGAGCCUUCAUCAGGAAUCUCGUCCCAUGGUGUCAAUGUGGGUGGUACACCAAUGGUGGUGCCAUCAUCAGGUGAGCCUGUGAAAAGGAAAAGGGGAAGGCCUCGAAAAUACGGGCCUGACGGGUCUGUCUCAUUGGCAUUGUCGCCUGCGCCUGCUACCAAUCCUGGAGUUGUAACAACGACCCCUAAGCGUAGUAGAGGGCGGCCGCCAGGGACUGGGAAGAAGCAACAAUUAGCUUCUCUUGGUGAAUGGCUGUCUGGUUCUGCUGGGAUGGGUUUUACUCCACAUAUUAUCACCAUUGCAAUAGGAGAAGACAUUGCAACAAAAAUAAUGUCAUUCUCGCAGCAGGGGCCAAGGGCUGUGUGCAUCUUGUCGGCCAAUGGCGCUGUCUCUACAGUGACUCUUCGUCAACCUUCAACUUCUGGUGGCACAGUAACAUAUGAGGGACGAUUUGAGAUAAUUUGUCUGUCAGGCUCUUACUUGGUUACUGAUAGUGGUGGCUCCCGGAACCGAAGUGGAGGUCUUAGUGUCUCUCUUGCUAGUCCCGAUGGCCGUGUCAUAGGUGGAGGAGUCGGAGGAAUGCUCAUUGCAGCAAGCCCUGUGCAGGUAAUAGUGGGAAGCUUCUUAUGGGGUGGUUCAAAGACAAAGAACCGCAAAAGACAGGAACCGAUAGAAGCUCCAACAGAUUCGGAUCAUCAAGAAGCUGACAACCCACUUGCAAUGAAUAGCAUUCCACAAAAUCAAAAUCUAACACCAACUUCUUCGGUGGGUGUCUGGCCAGCGUCUCGGGCACUGGACAUGCGCAACGCCCAUGUCGAUAUCGAUUUGAUGCGUGGGUAACAGUUUUUUCAAUUCACAAUGAGCAUUGUGUAUAUAAUCUUCAGUUUGAUGAGUAGCCGAACCUAUUUUUCCUGGGGAUUACUGAUGACAAAUAUGACAGAAGCGAGCUGAUUCUUGGCUUUUUGAUUUUAUUUUUUUUAAAUCUAACUUCAUUUUGCCCAUGAUGGACAAUGGGGAUGUACUCAUAUUUUUCUAGUUUAAUGGAAUUUUAAUUUGAAAGGUGUAGCA